AUGGAACUCAAUCAAGCUCAAUGCAGAGCUCUUGGAAUCAACGCCGGUUUUAUCAUCUUUAUAAUCAUCGUUAUGGGAAUGCGAAUGUGGGCGAGGCUCGUCAUCACGAAGGCUAUUGGCUUCGACGAUAGAGUAGACAUUCCAGCAGAGGCUUGGGAGCCCAUGCUUCUAUCGUUUUGGGUCUCCCGCUUACUGUAUGCAAUCGCCAUGGUGCUCGUCAAGGUCGCCCUGCUUCUGUUCUACUUGCGCCUUGAUGAUCGACUACUCAUGAGAUGGGCGGUCCAUAGCCUCACAGUGGUUGUUAUCGGCAUGGGCGUGGGGCACUUUGUCAUGUCUGUUAUCGAGUGCAGUCCACCGGAGGUCUUUUGGACAUCGAAAGGAGACCGCAUUAUCUAUAUGCAACAAUGCAUGACGCAAUCUAAACAACAAGCAUUUUGGGAUGCUGCCGGUAUUAUCGUCAUCAUCACGGAUAUAUGUCUUUGGAUCUGCCCGAUCCCUAUGAUUUGGAAUCUCCAGCUUCCGAAGCGACAAAAGUGGGCAGUCUCGGCCGUGUUUGCCCUGGGUAUCAUAUCAGUUGUUGCGGGAUGCGUCCGGUUCUACUAUGUGCGACAACUAGCAAACGAGCCGGAGCUCUAUCAACAGCUGGCCUACUCCCUCGUCUGGUACGCGCUGGAGCUUUAUGUAGCCAUCUUCUGCGGCUGCUCCUCGGCCUUGAAAGUGUUUUUCAAGAGAUACUUUCCGGCUCUGUUGGGCUCUUCCUCAUCCAGAGCGGGGUAUCCGCUUGACAGCUGCGGAAACACUGGCACCAAAACGAGGACAUCUCAUCCUUUGACCGACCUAUCUGACAGACUACCUGGGAACCACACAGUAAUCUCUUCAGGGGGUAGAGGAGGGAGAGUAACGGCGAAUACGGGAGAUUCAUCGAACAACGAUAGCGAAGAAGCCAUCAUAUUGGGGGGAAAUGGAAUCCAAAAACAGACGGAAGUUCAAGUUAGACAGGAGAUGACGAGAAUUUCAAGUGAUUCAGAAGGCAGGCGCACAAGAAGCGGCUCAAAUGACAGGCCAAAAGCUCGAUCAUUUGUGGUUUGA